AUGGACAAAACAGAAGAAGAUGCAGAAGGAGAGAAGGCCUCGAAAGCAGCUCUUACUUCAAUGCCAUAUCAAUGUCAAGAACUGAUUUUAUAUGGAAGUGUGUUUGCGGAUAAUUUGCCAGAUUUGGAGCGGCGUUUGACCGGGCUUUGUGAUCCUGGUUCAACUGAAUUUCACGAGCAUGAUCUUUCCUUUAGUCUUCGAACAGGAACAGAUCCUGAUGUUACGAUUAGGCUUCGUCGUCGUUUCAAUGUCGACUCUUUCAAUAGUCAUCAGUGGCAAUUUCGAUAUAUUGGAGGACCAGAGCCUGAUCAGAAGUGCCCGGUGAUUGUUAGAAAAGUAAUUGAUUCGAUCGCUUAUUCUCACUUGAUGAUGGAUUUUGUGAAGACGCUAGGUCUACGCAUGGAUUACGAAUACAUAGCUAAGGGUACCGUAUGGACAAAUGGAAAAAUGAAAGUUGUGAUAAGCCAGAUUCAAAAAACGGAGAAGGCUGGAUAUUAUGAUCAAAGUAACCUGAAGCGAUUUUCUGAUUCAUAUCUUGUGGAAAUGAGUGUAUGUUUGCCGGAUUCUGCCGAAUACACUGCUGCGGCUAAACAAUUGCGGGACUUUGCCGACCAACUACUUCCUCUUGUAGAAAUGGAAAAAGUCGAUUAUUGGAGAAAAUGA